UGCAUUUAAAUUCCUCUUCUUCCUCCUUUACAGCAUUCGUCUCACUUUUGAAUAUGCUCAGCGCACAGCACUAAACUUAAAAUCAUCGUUAAAUUAACCGUUUUCUUUUUUUGUUGUUGAAAAAAAACUUUUUUUUAAAUUCUUGAUAAUGAAUAAAAACAUCUACAGCUGCUUUGUUUUUCUCUUCGUUGCAUUAACAUGCACGGAGGCAAAAGAGCCACGAAUGUACGCGUUCCCACGCAGUAAACACUUCGAUAGAGUUAAUUGGAAAGAUUUUAUGGUUAAAGCAAACUGGGCAUCAAGUGAGUUGAUUAAAAUAUCCACACCUUAUGUAGUUGAAAAUUACCCCACUGGAAAUGUGAGUGAAGUGUGCACAAAAAGUCUCCUCACUUAUGUUGAUGGAAUAAAAAAUUGGAGAAGAUGGGCAAUACGCAUGUUCGACGUGACGGGUAAGAUCCCCAACAGUUUUAAAAGAGGAGCAGGCAUUGAAUUUGGAUCAUACGAUGAUUGUCUUAGAAUUGCGGGUCCAUCCAACGAGGUACCACCAUUCAGUGGACAGUUCUGCAUGGUACAUCUUCAGACUUCAAGACCAUUUUUAUUAGAAGAAGACACUCCAUUUAAAAGAUACGCAACAAAUUUGGUUCCAAGUUUAGAUAAUACAAAAAGGAUAUUAAAUUGGCAUUUAGGUAUAUGCAUACCAUCGUCUUGCUCCGAACAAGACAUUUACAACAUCAUAACUGCACUUACUAAAGCCAAAUUUGAAAAUGUAACUGCUUCCGUUUCAAACUGCGAAUCAAAAAUAACCAAACAAUGGACGGAGUCAACCGAAUUUGCAGUAUUGGUGCUAAAAUGUUUAUUGGGUCUGUGCAUAAUAGGCACCCUGUUAGACGUAAUGGACCAAGAACCAGCCGAAGCUGAAAGAUUAAACACUGGUAUUAUCCGUCAAUCUUUGAAAGCUUUCUCCAUUCGUUCAAACACCAUAAAACUAUUUGACAGGGCGAGAGUCGAUGUCGAAAUUCGGCGAAUUUGUGGUGUUUUGUCCGUCGUGUCUAUCUGGAUCAUCGUAUGUAAUACAAUUGUGUAUCGGACACCCUGGAAGGAAAUGCGCUACACAAGUUUCCGAGAUAUUUCCAUGGCCGUAGGGUUUGCAGAUAGCUUUGUCGUAGCAAUGGAUGCGAUCUUUUUCAUAUGUGGAUUUCUGUCAAUCUUUUUAUUUUGGAAUAUCUGCGAGAAAACAGGAGGAAUCACGGGUGUUUUCAAAGGACUUCUAAAGAUUUAUUUCAAAUUGACAGCCAUUAACGCAUUCACUAUACUAGCGUCAUUUGCUCUAGCUCUAAUCUAUUAUGGCCCUCUCUGGAAUCAAACCUGGAAUGAUGAGUUAAUGAGAUGCCGAAAUAAUGGUUGGCUUAAUUUAUUCAAUGCGCAGACGCUUUUGCCUAUUGACGAAACGUGCUGGAUGCACACAUGGUACCCAGCAUUAUUAGUGCAGUGUUCGAUAGCAUCUAUUCCUCUAAUGUUUCUCCUUUACAGGUACCCGAAGAUAGGUUUUACUGUUGGAGUACUGGUAUUAGCUGUUAUUUUAGGUACGGAGAACGCAAUUUCGUCUAGAAUGUUAGAUUCGCUUCACUACUUUGAACUGAUCCGAGUUACAAUUGCAAAAUAUUACUCAAAACCUUUGUUUUACUUUCUGCCUUAUUUGCUGGGUAUUCUAGCUGGAAGGAUAACAAUACGCUUUAAAGAUCAGCAGCUUUCAAAAGUGCUUCAUGUGGUUGGAUGGAUUCUAAGCAUAGUUAUAUGUGUGAAUGUCUUGAGUGAUGGAAAUUUCUCCAAGCUAAGUAUAGAGCAAUCACCAUUCGAUCUUGCAAAAAGAACAUUUUUAUUGUGCAUCGCUUUCUUUUGGAUAAUGUACGCAAGCGUUGCAGAGGGUGUUGUAGGACGAAUCUUGUCAUCAGGUGCACUAUCUCCCUUCACCAAAGUAUGCUACAAUGCUUACAUGAUACACAUUCUCCUCAUAAUAAUCAGGGAAGCUGCUUUGAAAGAAAGAAUUUACAUAGGAAAACUCGUUUUGACUAUUGAAUCGACUUCUCACACUUUUAUCUCAUUUAUUCUGGGAAUGUUCAUACACGUGAUCGUUGAACUACCAAUUGCAAGAUUGUGUGAAAUAUACAUGGAUCGCAAUGAAAAGGAGAAACUAAAAGCUGGAACAGAACAUUCAGAAGCGAACAUCGAAAAUUCUAAAAUGGAUGAAAAGAAAGAUUCAUAAGAAGUGAAUGAAAUGAAUGAAAUAUCGAAAGGAAUAGGAAUUGUUGAUAUUUUCAUAUAAAACUAAAAAUCUCUUGA